AUGACGGCAGAUCUGGUCAGAAACUACGCAAUAAAUGGUAUUCAAUAUGAUGAUCAUAUGAGUUUACCAAGUGGAUUUGCCCACGUUGACGCGCUUUCUCACUCACAACAUUAUAGAGUAAUGGAGGACUUUAUGACACAAAUUAAAAAUAGUGUAAAAGCUGCAAGAAGAAAUGCAAUCGUAUCCUACUCGCCGUCUACUAUUGAAUUUUCACAAUCUCACCAUAAUGUGGACUGGGAAAAUUAUCUACAGCAUGGCGUCGUGGAUGAGAUAGUGCCACAGUAUUACCGUUCAUCGUCCAACGACUACAAAAUCAUCAUCAACCGAGAUAUUCCACGACUUCAUGGGCACCAAACGUCAUUGAUCGGGGGAAUUCGACUCUCAGAAUCAGGGCCACGGACACCAGCUGGAGAGGUUCAGAAGAUGAUUGACUUAUCGUAUGCUAGAGUAUCUUUCUGGUUUGGUGAUGAUAUUAUUACUGGUGUAUAUAAACCACCUAAACUAUUAACAAAUGUUGAUGUUGUAUUAUAA